CAUGCUGAUGCUGCUGCUAAUGGCGUGCGCGCUGUGCCAAGCGCAGCAACAAUUGCAGCUAAAACAGGAGCAACAGCCACAGCAAAAUUUGAAGCUACAACACGGGCUACAAUUGGAACUACAACAAGAACAGCAACAACAAUGGCAGCCACAACAUGAGCAACAGCAACAAUUGCAGCUAAAACAGGAGCAACAGCAACAACAGAAAUGGCAGCUACAACAAGAGCAACAGCAACAGCAACAUUUGCAGCUACAACAUGGUCAACAACUACAGCAACAGCAACAUUUGCAGCGACAACAAGAGCAACAGCAAUUGAUGAUGAACAGCCGAAAAGACGCAUCACAGCAAUUAAAGCCGUUGCCAGGUAUAGAUGGAGGGACAAUAAUGACGGUGAGAAGUCAAAGUUCAGAGCUGGCCGCGUUACCUUUAAGUGGCAAUUCGAAUGCAGCGACUACAGCAAUGCCGGCAACGAAAACAAGAGCAGGCACUAUAAAAAAUGAUGAGGGUCAAGCCGAGGCAGCUGUUGCCGCUGGGAAAAAACUAAAACUGCCUGCAACAGAAUUGAGAAAAACAGCAGCAAUAUUGAAUCCAUUGUCAACAGCAGCAUCAGCUAUGCAUACAAAAAAUAUCUCAUACGCAAUAGCGGCGACAGCAAUACCAUUGAAAACUAAACGCAUUGCGCCCACAGCAACACCGACUUCAAUAGCAACAACAACAAUGUUGGCAACAGCAACAACAAAUGCAACGGCUGUUGACAACACAAAAGUCAAAUUAAAUAUAUUACAAAGCGAGGCAACUGCAAAUGCAACAUUGCUGAACGUAGAACCCAUCAUAAAGGCCAAUAAUAAAAGUAAUUGGCAAACAGCAACAACAGCUGGCGGCGCAGCAGCAGCAGCAACAGAAAAAACAACAGCAACAGCAGCAAUUGAAGGUAGGCCGCGCUGGCUGGGGGCCACAAGCUUGUCGCCAUUGAAUGCCAAUAUAUUGAGUAAUCCGCUGGCCAGCAGCGCCCCGGCAACUGGCUCCGGGUGGCCAGUGAAGCAUGCCGCCGUGCUCGAGGGCGACGUGAUACUUGGUGGCCUGAUGAUGGUACAUUCGCGGGAGGACAGCAUUACUUGUGGCCAGAUCAUGCCGCAGGGCGGCAUUCAGGCCCUGGAGGCCAUGCUCUACACACUGGACCAGGUAAACAAACAGCAACUGCUGCCAAAUGUAACGCUCGGCGCACAUUUACUGGAUGACUGCGACAAGGAUACGUAUGGACUGGAGAUGGCUGUCGAUUUCAUAAAGGGAUCCAUUAGUAACAUUGACGAUGCGGAAUAUCAUUGCAACAAGACCCAAGUCCGAAAGGUGAUAUCGGGCGUGGUUGGUGCUGCCUCAUCGGUGACAUCCAUACAGGUGGCCAAUUUGCUGAGAUUGUUUCGGAUACCGCAGGUCUCAUAUUUCUCAACCAGCCCGGAGCUGAGCAACAAGCAGCGCUUUGAGUACUUCUCACGCACCAUUCCCUCCGACCACUACCAGGUAAAGGCCAUGGUUGAGAUUGUCAAGAGCAUGGGUUGGACCUAUGUUUCGAUUAUCUACGAGGAAAGCAACUAUGGCAUCAAGGCAUUUGAGGAACUAGAAGAGUUGCUGGCACGCCAUAACAUUUGUAUUGCCAUUAAGGAGAAGCUCGUCAAGGAUUCGGGAGUGGCUGAGGAUAUUGCAUACGAUAAUAUUGUGCAAAAGCUGCUCACGAAACCGCGCGCUAGAGGCGCCAUCAUUUUCGGCUCGGAUCAGGAAGUGCGGCAAGUGAUGCGGGCGGUGAGGCGAGCGAAUGCAACAGGCGCCUUCUCCUGGAUUGGCUCCGACGGCUGGAGUGCACGAAAUCUCGUCUCGGAUGACUAUGAGCCAGAGGUGGAGGGUACAUUGUCCGUGCAGCCGCAGGCGAAUCCUGUGCGUGGCUUCGAGGAAUAUUUUCUUAACCUGACUGUGGAGAAUAACCAGCGCAAUCCCUGGUUUGUGGAAUUCUGGGAGGACCAUUUCCAAUGUCGCUAUCCGGGCAGCACUAGCACACCGUACAACAACUACACCCGUACCUGCACCACCAAGGAACGCCUAUCCCGGCAGAACACCGACUUUGAGGAUCAACUGCAGUUCGUUAGCGAUGCGGUAAUGGCAUUUGCCUAUGCCUUGAGGGACAUGCAUCGCGACUUGUGCGGCGGUCGUCCGUCCCUCUGCGAUGCCAUGAAGCCGACCAAGGGUGCUGAUUUGCUCAAAUAUUUGCGUAAGGUCCAAUUCAAGGGCCUCAGCGGCGAUGAUUUUCGCUUCGACGGCAACGGCGACGGACCCGCGCGCUAUAACAUCAUCCACUUCAAGCAGUCUGUGGCGGGCGAGUACCGCUGGGUCAAGGUGGGCGAGUACUACGAGGGCGAACUGCGCCUGAAUAUGUCCGAGGUAAAGUUCAAGCUGUUGCAUCCGAAGCCACCGGAAUCUGUUUGCAGUCUGCCCUGCGAGCGUGGUCAGGCCAAGAGAUACGUUGAGGGCGAGAGCUGUUGUUGGCACUGUUUCAAUUGUACGACUUAUCAAAUACGGCAUCCGGUUGACGAAACGCACUGCCUCGUUUGCAAACUUGGCACGCUGCCCGAUGCCCACAAGCAGUACUGUCGUCCCAUACCGGAGGUUUACCUUAGACCCGAGUCCGCUUGGGCCAUUGGCGCCAUGGCGUUCAGUGCAACAGGCAUAUUGAUAACCUUCUUUGUCGUGGGCGUGUUUGUCAGGCACAACGACACGCCCAUUGUGCGCGCAUCUGGUCGUGAGCUGAGCUACAUACUCCUCGCUGGCAUAUUUAUGUGCUAUGGCGUAACCUUUGCCCUCGUACUGAAGCCAACGAAUAUUGUCUGCGCCAUUCAGCGCUUUAGCGUGGGCUUCUGCUUCACGGUCGUCUAUGCCGCAUUGUUGACCAAAACUAAUCGCAUAGCGCGCAUCUUCAAGGCUGGCAAACAGUCAGCUAAACGGCCCUCAUUCAUUAGCCCAAAAUCGCAGCUGGUGAUUUGCACGUGCCUAGUCUCUGUACAGAUACUCAUUAAUGGCGUUUGGAUGGUAAUUGCCCCAUCACACGCCAUGCAUCAUUAUCCGACACGCGAAGAUAACUUGCUGGUGUGCGACUCCUACAUAGACGCCUCCUACAUGAUUGCGUUCUUCUAUCCCAUUCUCCUGAUUGUGGUGUGCACCGUUUAUGCUGUGCUCACCCGCAAGAUACCCGAGGCUUUCAAUGAAUCUAAGCAUAUCGGCUUCACCAUGUACACCACCUGCGUCAUUUGGCUGGCCUUUGUGCCGCUGUACUUUGGAACUGCCAAUCACGUGCCGCUGCGAAUAACGAGCAUGUCGGUGACAAUUAGCCUGUCCGCCAGCGUGACGAUUGCGUGUCUAUUCACGCCAAAGCUCUACAUAAUACUCGUUCGACCGGAGCGUAAUGUGCGCCAAAGCAUGAUGCCCCCGCGUUAUGGCAACAUGCAUCGCACCGCGGGAACUGGCCCAUCCUCAAUGAUGGCCGCUGCGGUCGUGACUGCCGCCACCUGUGCACAGGAGGAGAAAUUACAAAAACAUAUCACGCCCACUGAAACAGAGCACUCGAUUAAGGCCAAAAAAUUGUGCGAAAUGGCCACACAGACGAUUGCGUUAUCCAGCAUAUUUGCGUCCCUCGACUGCAAUGCUUACAACCAAAUACCUUAUGCCGAUCAAUACGUGCCAAAUAAUACAACCACGGCCACGCCCACGCCCACGGCCAAUGGCAGUGGCACUGAGCCAACCGACGAGCAGGUUGUGGCCAACAACAACAAAAUCAAUCAUCAGCAGCAUGGCCAGGCCAAUGUUGUUGUGGUAGUCAGCACGGCAAACAAGCACAUGGCCAGCAGUCCAUUAGCAACACCAACAGCACCAACAGCAACAGCAGCAGCAGCAACAACAGAAACAACAGCAACAGUAGCAAUAACAACAGCAACAGCAACAGCAACAGCAACAACGGCAUCGACGGUUUCGGUUAGCUCAACGGAUGGAACAUCCGCAACGGAAGUUGUGCCCACGGCCACAUCAAACGGAAGCAGACGAGCGCCAGUGCUGCAGACCAAUUUAUAGCUAAACGCACAGCAAUUGCAACAGCAGCUGCUAAAGGAGCAGCAACGCCAGCAACAGCAACAGCAGCAGCAACAAGUUGAGUUUUUCAAUCCAGCUCAAGCGGAUCAAUCGCAACUGGCAGCGAGUGAAGUUGCCGCAAGCAACAACAAUGGCAGCGAUGUUGCAAGCACUGGCAGUAGCAACGGAAGUGCCACAACGAUCGGCAAUGGAAGCGGCAAGAAGCGUUCCGCAAUUCCAGUUUAAGCUGUGGUCAGCCAUUGGCUGCAGCUAAAGGAUGAGUGAAGGUAUCUUUAGAUAGAAAUCUUAAAAUGCAUACAGAGUGGUCUAGGGAAUGAAAGGUUGAAAUUUUCAAAUAAUAUAAAGAGUAUUACCAUUUAUUUGCAAGGUUGUAUAUUCAA